AUGUGCUUUAAUGGCAUCGCCCCCUCCCACACACACCCCGCAACCCCUCCUGCUCAGAUCCCCAUCUCUAUCCCCUCCUCUCCCUCUCCCCUCACUCCGCUCCGCUCCGAUCACCCCCCUCCCCUGACUCUGCUCCCAUCCCAUCCCUCUCCGUCUCCCUCUCCCCUGACUCCGCUCCGCUCCCAUCCCAUCCUCUCCCCUCACUCCGCUCCCAUCCCAAUCCCCAUCCCCUCCCUCUCCGUCUCCCUCUCCCCUGACUCCGCCGCGGCCCUGCGCGCCCUGCCCUGGGCGCUGCUGCUGCUGGGGCCGCUGCUGCCCGGGCAGGUCCUGCAGGCCAACCCCAUGCUCACCUCCGAGGGCCAGCCCGCGCCGCUGCCCGGCGGGGACGUGCCGGGCUUCACCCCCGCGCCCCCCGCCGCCCCCGAGGAGAUCCACCCGCUGAAGGAGCAGCCGGCCAACGGCUCGGGAGAGGGGCACGCCAAGCACCGCAAAGCCUUCCCGGUCAUCGGCAUCGACUACACGCACGUCCGCAUCCCCUUCGAGAUCUCCCUCUGGAUCCUCCUGGCCUGCCUCAUGAAGCUGGGCUUCCACGUGAUCCCGUCAGUGUCCAGCAUCGUUCCCGAGAGCUGCCUGCUCAUCGUGGUCGGCCUUCUGGUGGGGGGGCUCAUCAAAGGGGUGGGUGAAAAGCCCCCCAUCCUCAAGUCGGACAUCUUCUUCCUCUUCCUCCUGCCCCCCAUCAUCCUGGAUGCCGGCUACUUCCUGCCCCUGCGCCCCUUCACCGAGAACCUGGGCACCAUCCUCAUCUUCGCCGUGGUGGGCACGCUCUGGAACGCCUUUUUCCUGGGGGGGCUGAUGUACGCCGUGUGCCAGCUGGGCGGGCCCGGCCUCAACCACAUCGGCCUGCUGGCCAACCUGCUCUUCGGCAGCAUCAUCUCGGCCGUGGACCCGGUGGCCGUGCUGGCCGUCUUCGAGGAGAUCCACAUCAACGAGCUGCUGCACAUCCUGGUCUUCGGCGAGUCGCUGCUCAACGACGCCGUCACCGUGGUCCUGUACCACCUCUUUGAGGAGUUUGCCAGCUUCGAGCAGGUGACCAUCCUGGACAUCAUCCUCGGCUUCCUCAGCUUCUUCGUGGUGUCCCUGGGCGGGGUCCUGGUGGGCGUCAUUUACGGGGUGAUCGCCGCCUUCACGUCCCGCUUCACCUCGCACAUCCGCGUCAUCGAGCCCCUCUUCGUGUUCCUCUACAGCUACAUGGCCUACCUGUCUGCUGAGCUCUUCCACCUGUCCGGCAUCAUGGCGCUCAUCGCUGCUGGCGUGGUCAUGCGGCCCUAUGUGGAAGCCAACAUCUCCCACAAGUCCCACACCACCAUCAAGUAUUUCCUCAAGAUGUGGAGCAGUGUGAGCGAGACCCUCAUCUUCAUCUUCCUGGGUGUCUCCACCGUGGCUGGUCACCACUACUGGAACUGGACCUUCGUCAUCAGCACGCUGUUCUUCUGCCUCAUCGCCAGAGUGCUGGGUGUCCUUGUCCUCACCUGGUUCAUCAACAAGUUCCGGAUCGUGAAGCUGACCCCGAAGGACCAGUUCAUCAUCGCCUACGGGGGCCUGCGGGGAGCCAUCGCCUUCUCCCUGGGCUACCUGCUGGACUACAAGCACUUCGGCAUGAGGGACAUGUUCCUCACUGCCAUCAUCACUGUCAUCUUCUUCACCGUCUUCGUGCAGGGCAUGACCAUCCGGCCCCUGGUGGAUCUGCUGGCUGUGAAGAAGAAGCAGGAGACGAAGCGCUCCAUCAACGAGGAGAUCCACACGCAGUUCUUGGAUCACCUUCUGACAGGGAUCGAGGAUAUCUGUGGUCACUACGGGCAUCACCACUGGAAGGACAAGCUGAACCGCUUCAACAAGAAGUAUGUGAAGAAGUGCCUGAUCGCAGGGGAGCGCUCCAAGGAGCCCCAGCUCAUCGCCUUCUACCACAAGAUGGAGAUGAAGCAGGCCAUCGAGCUGGUGGAGAGCGGCGGCAUCGGCAAGAUCCCCUCUGCCGUCUCCACCGUCUCCAUCCAGAACAUCAACCCCCAGACCCUCCCUUUGGAGCGCGUCCUUCCAGCCCUGUCCAAGGACAAGGAGGAGGAGAUCCGGAAAAUCCUCCGCACGAACCUGCAGAAAACCAGGCAGAGGCUGCGAUCCUACAACCGGCACACGCUGGUGGCUGACCCCUACGAGGAGGCCUGGAACCAGAUGCUCCUGAGGAGGCAGAAGGCCCGGCAGCUGGAGCAGAAGAUGAACAACUACCUGACGGUGCCGGCGCACAGGGUGGACUCGCCCACCAUGUCCCGGGCUCGCAUCGGCUCAGACCCGCUGGCCUACGAGCCCAAGGAGGACUCGGAGAACCUGCCCAUCAUCACCAUCGACCCCGCCUCGCCGCAGUCCCCCGAGUCCGUGGACCUGAUGAGCGAGGAGCCCAAGGGCUGCAGUGGCCUCCCGCCCUCGCCCGAGGAGGACGAGGAGGGGCUGGUGAUGCGGGUGAAGGAGCCUUCCUCCCCGGGGACUGACGACGUCUUCACCCCGGGCACCGGCGACAGCCCCAGCAACCAGCGGAUGCUGCGGUGCCUGAGCGACCCCGGCCCGCGGCCCGAGCCCGAGGAGGGGGAGCCCUUCAUCCCCAAGGGGGAGUAGCUGCUGGCACAAAGCCUCCAAACCGUUUCUCUCUUCCUGUUCAUUCAUUCGUUCUUUGCUCUCCAUUUUGGUUUCUUGUCGCUACACACUGGGUUCAGGAAGGGGAGACUGUCCUGGAUGGACUGGGAUUGCCAGGACAGCUCUGCCCAGCGAGCCUGGGCUGGCCCCAGUGAGCAGGGAAGGAGCCCCAGCAUGGCCCGGGCUCCUUGGGCUGCGUGGCCGGGGGGCGAUGGACAAUUUCCCGCCCGGGAUUGGGAUUUGCGGGCGCCUCCCAGCCCCCGCGGGGCUCUCCCAGAGGUGCCCACCCACUCAGGACCUGCGGCCGGCUCUGACCAGGGCUCUCCACGCUCACUCCCAUGGCACAGCUUCCCCUCUCCCCUCCUGUGCUUUCUUGCCCCCUCGCCUUGCUCCGGAGCGGAGAGAUGGGACAGCAGGAGCUGUCACCGGGGCUGGCACGCACACAGACACACACAGACACACAGACACAGACACACAGACACACAGACACAGACACACAGACACAGACACACACACACACACAGACACACA